AUGGCGACAGCGUCUGUCCUGCUGAGUCUGACAGGCGUGGAGGUGGAGGAGCUGCUGCUGGGGGGACAAGGGACUGGAACAGACAAGUUCAAUCAGGGAGACAUGGAAGAUGGGGUGGAUUUUGAGCGAGGCUGGGAGUUCAUUCGAGGGUCUCUUGUGUUGAUGGUGUUUCUGUGGUUUGGCGUCUCAGUGCCGUUUCCUGUCAGCUGUGUGACGCGGGCAGCGGACCUGCCUGAGGACAGCGUGGUGGUUCUGUGUCCACCGGACUGCAGCCAGUGGCGUCUGUCAGUCUUCGGUACCAGCGUCUAUGCCGCUGUGUCCAGCGUGUGUGGAGCCGCCAUUCACAGAGGUGUGGUGGGGUCCGGCGGAGGUCCGGUGAAGGUCCAUAAACUGCAGGGCAGACACAACUACAUGAGCUCCUAUUCCCACGGAGUCCAGUCCCAGUCCCUGUCCCGCUGGACCGCCUCCUUCAGCCUCACCAGGCCUGUUAAUGUUCCAUUGGAGUUGUCCAGUCAAACCAGUACCACUGCCCUGCCGCCUGCCAUUCAACCAGUGAAGAAACCACUGAAGAAACCAUCAGUGAAGAAGAUGUUGGCUGGAGGAAAUAAAGACUGUCAGAUGGAGAUAGCCUUAGUGAUUGACAGCAGUAACUUCAUCGGUCUGCGUCGUUACAUCCUGCAGAAGAGCUUCAUCAGUAAACUUGUUUCCAUGCUGAGAGUCGGACCAACCGGACCCCAUGUAGGACUCAUCCAGGCUGGUGACCUUCCCCGCACUGAGUUCUUCUUGACAAACUACACACAACCCAAAGAGCUGCAGUUCGCCAUCAAAGAACUGACCUUCAUGGGAGGAGACACCAACACUGGGAAGGCCAUCAUGCACACGGUGGAGACCUUUUACACCCCAGAGAAGGGGUUGCGACGUGGUCACCCCCGGGUGAUGUUUGUGUUGAUUGACGGCUGGCCCUCUGAUGACCUGGAGCAGGCAGCCAUGUUGGCCCGCGAGUCGGGCAUCAACGUGUUCCUGGUGUCUGUGGCAAAGCCUGCCACUGAGGAGCUCGCCAUGGUCCCAGACAAAGACUUCAUGAAGAAGGCCGUGUGUAAGGAUAAUGGGUUCUUCAGUUACACCAUCCCCAGCUGGUUCAGUACCACCAAACAUGUUAAACCUCUGGCCCAGAGACUCUGCUCUCUGGACGGACUGCUCUGCAGUAAAACCUGCUACAACUCCGUCAACAUUGGCUUCCUCAUCGACGGCUCCUCCAGUGUCGGAGAGGAGAACUUCCGCCUCGUCCUCAAGUUCCUGGCCUCCAUCGCACAAAGCUUUGACAUCUCAGACGUUGGCUCGCGCAUCGGCGCUGUCCAGUUCACCUACGACCAGAGGUUAGAGUUUGGUUUGUACGACCAUCCAAGUAAAGAAAGCGUCAUCGACGCUCUGAAGAGAAUCCCAUAUAUGAGUGGGGGAACGGCUACAGGAGACGCCAUCACCUACACAGUCCAGAACCUGUACAGGAGGACCGGUCCAGGGAGGAACUUCCUCAUCGUGGUGACAGACGGCCAAUCAUAUGAUGAUGUCCGAGGACCUGCCCAGGCUGCACAGAGACAAGGCAUCACUGUCUACUCAGUGGGCGUGGCCUGGGCACCGCUGGAGGAGCUGAAGGCGAUGGCGUCCGAGCCGAGGGAGAGUCACACCUUCUUCACCCGCGACUUCAACAGCCUCGCCGACUUCACCCAGCCUCUCGUCCGCGGCAUCUGCCGAGACUUCACCGAGAACAACUAA